UUCUCCUUGUGUCCAUGGUAACAGCAGGCGUCUAGUUGGCAUAGCAACGUGGUAGGAGAACAACAGAAGUCUAGAAUGUCCACCAAUUUGGCUAAAGACAAAAGGAGACGUUCUCUGUUGCUGAGGCCCUUCUCUCGAGCCGUGAACGUGUCUGUGAGCCGCCAUGGAAUCCAGCAAAGCUCCAGACAUUCAUUCAGCAUGGUGGGUUCGUCCAGCCGGCGGAGUUUGGGUCGAGGCAGCAGAGUUCUGGACAGAAUUGAGUCCCCCAGAACAACCGUCCGGGUGUUGGAUGAGGAAGGUAAUGACGUCACCCCCAUGCAGCUGGGUCACUCAGAACCAGGAGCAGCCCAGGACAGAGCCAGCAGGUUCUUUCUGGAUGAAAUCUCUGAUGGAUUAGUAUCAGACCACACAAUGACCACCGGGAGCUUCACUAUGCCUUUCCUCAGAUCAGUGUUGGGAAGCAGCAGAAUAUCCAGUCAGUCUACCAUCGAGUCGGUCAACGAGGAGAUCGAGGAUACCUUCUUCAAAAGAGACGUGCCCGUCAGCUUCCCAGACGAGAAGGAGAAAAAAGACUCAGAGACAGAGCAGUUGACAGAAGACAUGUUAAAAGAGAUUGUGGAGGUCUUUAUCUCUGAAACAGACACCAUUGUACUAUUUGACAUGCAGCCCAUCUUUGUGGCAUCAGAUGCUGAUAAUGCUGAAGUCAUCGUGGAGAGAAAAAACCGCUAUGCUGAGGUUUGUAGGAAGAGAAAAGGGAAUAGACCUGUGGAUGUAUCCAUGCAGACGCUGAGCGGAGCGACGAAGAACAAACAGGUUCAGAAGGACAGCGUAAGCGUGACGGAUGCAGCCACGGCUGUUUCCACCUUUGACUUGUACAUGGACCCUGAACAAGAAGAAACAGCCCAAAGUCCUGAAUCUGAGCAGACAGACUACACUAAGGCUGAUGUGGACUCUAACAGAAGUGGAGACCGGAGCAUGUCAGUGACCAGCACAGCUACUACAGUCAGUGGUUCCAGUUCGCUGAAGGAAGUGGAAACACUGGGGAUAAUUUUGAACCCAGAGUCGGACUCGCAGCUCACCAUGCUGUCAGAGACAUUUCAGCAUUCCUUGCUUGUAAUGGAGAGGAGCAUCCUUUGGAACCACUUCCAGCCUCAGCUGGCUGUUUACAGACAGCUGCCUGUACUGAAAGAUCCAGACAGACCAGAGAGGUCUGAGGAAAAGGAGCAGAGAGAAGAUAUGCAGCUCUCCCGGUCUCCGUCCCUGGAGUGUCUCUGGGUUUUCAGCUGCGAGCUCAGCAAAGGACUGAGUGUCAGCAGCAUGAGCUGGAAUAAGAAGAACCAGGACCUCCUGGCAGUGGGCUAUGGUGAGUUUGACUCCAAGAACCUGAAGCCAGGUCUGGUUUGUUGCUGGUCCAUCAAAAACCCCACGUGGCCUGAGCAGAUCAUCCACUGUGAAAGUGCUGUGACUUGUUUGGAUUUCUCAGUCAGCAGUCCCACUCAGCUGGCCGUGGGCAUGUAUGAUGGCAGCAUAGCCAUCUACAAUGUGCAGAGUCCAGAUAAGUCAAAUGUCAUCAGUAGCCGUGAAUGUCCCAAGAGGCACGUAGGGCCAGUGUGGCAGCUCAGGUGGAACCAACAGAAGCUGAUCUUAACAGGAGAGGAAAAGGUGGAGGCUCUCUUCUCUGUGGGUGCAGAUGGCCGGAUCAGCAAGUGGUUCAUCUUCAACGGGGGCCUGGACUGUAUAGACCUGAUGAAGCUGGAGAGUAUCAGCAACACUAUGCGGAAAGCUGGAGGAAACAAGACUGUGGAGAUGGCGAGAAGUGUUGUGUCUCCACUGAAUCCUGGUCUGUGCUUCGACUUCCAUCCAACAGACUCCAGCAUCUACUUGGUUGGUACAUGUGAAGGUCUGAUCCACAAGUGCUCCUGCUCCAACAGUCAGCACUUUCUGGAGACUUACAGGAAACACCUUUUUGCUGUGAACUGCAUCACAUGGUGUCCGUCCGAUCCUCACGUCUUCCUGAGCUGCUGUGCUGACUGGACCAUCCAGCUGUGGCGGCAGGACCACCAGGGUCCCGUCUUAGGCUUAACGUCUACCCAGACGGCUGUGUGCGACAUCAAAUGGUCCCCAAAAUGGGCCAUGGUAUUCGGAGCUGUUAAUGAGAGGCAGCUUGAGAUCUGGAACCUGAAUUCAAGCUUACUAGAUCCAGUUAUUGUGCAGCCUGCUGCUCCUGGUGUGAGGAUGACGUCCCUACUAUUUGCUUCUAAGACAGACUGUGUUGUGGUCGGAGACAGUUAUGGACAGGUGACCUUCUACCAGCUCAAGAACCUCUGUGUUGAAGAACACAACCAGGGGAACGUUCUGAAUGACCUCCUCCGUUCUGCAGCUCCCAGAGCUUAAGCUCAGCUUAAGUUACCAUGGCGAUUUACCCAGUAAGGAUGGAAAAUCCCGGGUUACAAGAUUCAGGAAACUGAUGACACUCUGAAAAGAGGGAGUUAUCAGGUCUUUCCAGUUUACUAUAAUGAGAAUACUGAAUAUUGCUGGUUUUUAUUGUGUCUUACUCGGAAAACGGAAACCAGUGUACUGGAAUUUAUUUAACACUGGACGUUAAAUUGGUUGCAAAGGUGUAGAUGGCACUUCUACCUGGCCGACAAUAGCUGCUGAUGCACCUUAACAAUGGCUGCAACCCAUCACUCAAAAAUGUGAAAACUGAUGUUUUUGAUAUUUCUAAGAGUCUGAGACAUAAUUUAAACAAAAUGAUUUCAUGUUUCCUCUUUCCAAGGUGAUGGUAACUAAAUCUUGUACAAUUUGCAUGAGUUUCAACAACUUAACUUGUUAGAUUCUGUCAUGUUGAGCCAACAGGACUUUGCUCAUUUGAAUUUAAGACAGAAGAUCUGGUGAUAUCGUGACAUCUCAGACUGUCUUGCUAAGAGGGCAGUAAAGGACCGGCGAUCUGAAAGGUGAAAAAAAUACGUCAUCAUUUGUCUAAAUGAAACUUAAAUUAUCAGCAGUCAUCUCAUACUUGGUUUUUAUUAUAUAUAUUUAUAUAUAAAUUAGGGCUGUCAAAUUAUUACAUUUUUAAAUC